AUGACUCAUUCACCCUGCAAAUCAAGCAGCAGCCAACAAGAAGCCUUGGAGAUAUCAGCCGGAACCGCCAUUUUAUCCCGUAUUCCGGAAUUUUGGAGGGACCAACCCAGAUUAUGGUUUAAGCAACUAGAGGCCAUAGUAGCACCACAGAAGCAAGGAGACGAUUACAAGUACUAUACGGUCAUUGCAAAACUGCCAAAAGAAGAAAUAAUACAGGUUAGUGACCUCAUUACUUGCCCACCGCCAAUAGAAAAGUACAAGGCUAUCAAAGAACGCCUAAUCAGUUGCUAUGAGGAAUCAGACCAACGUCAGCUCCAAAAAUUAUUGUCUGAAAUGGAUCUCGGCGACCAGAAACCAUCACAUCUUCUGCGCAAGAUGCGGACCCUGAGUAACGGAAAUAUCAGCGACGAAACCAUCAAACUUCUAUGGUUGAGGCUUCUGCCACCAUCAGUGACUUCGGUUCUAGCAGUCACAGAAGACAUAGAUGUGAACAAGAUGAGCCAGAUCGCGGACAAGAUAUUAAUAAAUUCAACACGUACAGAGGUGUCAGCUGUAAACGGAAACAAAUCUGGCGACGAUACAAUGUCAUGCAUACUAGCACACCCUCACCUACCACCAACACAGUACAUCCUAGAUACAUCUGUAUCGGCGAGCAAGGGUAACUCGCCGCCUGACCAGAAGGGCAUAUGUUUAGCCAGGGUUGCUGGGCAAGCGCAAUCAGGAACCUCGGCCUUGGCCUAG